CCCGGUGGUUCGUACGGUUGUUUCUAUACGUCAAAAAUUACAAGGUUCCGAUCGAGCGUUAUUCAUGAGUUUUUUGAUGUACUUGUCUUUUUUUUUUUUUUUUUUUUUGUUGUUUCUCUUCAAAUAAUUAACAAACCAACGAGUAGAUAAAAAUAUCGUCAAAGUUUCGUCCGAUCGACGCAGUGAAAAUAAAAUAAUACCGAUGAUAAACGCGUCGGGAUAUUCUCGGACGCGUUUUACCUGCAGAAGGGUGAUCGUCCGCACGCGUUACACAGUGCGCGUGUGAUACAUUUAAAUCCAAAAAUAAUUAAAAGUAAUUUUCCACCUCGAAUCUACGGUUUUUUUUAUUAAUAGUUUAAGAGUUCGGACCCGAGGAAACGGACCUCGAAUUUCACCCCGAUAAUAUAACAUGACGGUCUCGUACGCCAGCGAAGUACCAAAUGGUUCGAGUUUUGGCUGCUUUUGGAAGAUCCUCAGCAAAUGGAGAGGAUCCGUGUACAAAUUGAUAUGGCGGGAACUUAUAGCCUAUCUUGUAGUCUACUACGUAAUAAAUUUAACCUAUCGAUACGCCCUGAACGAACACCAACAGAGAAUUUUCGAAAGGAUCCGACACUACUUCGGUAAUUCCAGUGAAUCGAUACCGAUGUCGUUUGUACUUGGAUUUUACGUGAGUCUCGUUGUAAAAAGAUGGUGGGAACAAUACAAAUUAUUACCGUGGCCUGACAAUCUGGCUCUCUUUAUCAGCGCUGCCAUACCAGGAAACGAUGAGAGGGGUCGGCUGAUGCGUCGCAACAUCGUGAGAUACGCGGUUCUCGCGUACGUUAUAACGUUGCAACGAAUAUCUUUGAGGGUGAAACGUCGUUUUCCAACGUUACAGCACAUAGUGGAUGUUGGUCUCAUGAUGGAAUCUGAAAAGAAGAUUUUCGAGAUGAUGAACAAAAAGGCAGCGAUGUCGAAGUACUGGAUGCCGUUGGUGUGGGCGACGAAUAUAAUAAAUCGAGCGAGAAAAGAGGCUCUGAUAACCAGUGAUCAGGUCGUUCAAACCCUACUGGUCGAAUUGAGCGAUAUCAGGAAGAGACUCGGUGCCCUGAUUGGUUACGACACCGUCUGCGUACCUCUGGUCUACACUCAGGUGGUGACGUUAUCGCUCUACGCCUACUUCUUCUCGGCACUUCUCGGUCGCCAAUUUAUUCCGAGGGCCGAAGGUGGCAGCGGAAAAUACGAGGAGCCCGACAUGUAUUUCCCCUUUUUCACCGCCCUGCAGUUUUGCUUCUACGUUGGCUGGCUGAAGGUCGCCGAAGUCCUGAUAAACCCGUUCGGUGAGGACGACGAUGACAUAGAAUUGAACUGGUUAAUAGAUCGGCAUAUCAAGGCCGGUUACAUGAUCGUCGACGAAAUGCACGAGGAGCAUCCCGAGCUAUUGAAGGAUCAGUAUUGGGACGAGGUGAUCCCGAAGGAUCUUCCGUACACAGUUGCCAGCGAGCAAUACAGACGGGAAGAACCGAAAGGUUCGGCUGAACACUACAAGGUGAAGGAGAGCGACGCUCUUUACGCGAACGUUCUUCUGGGUACGCAGGUUCACAGCCACAAUCAGCAUCGCAAGAAUCAUCAGGACGACAUGUACGCCGACUACGAGAGCGUCGACACGCCGUUGGUAGAGAGGCGAAAAAAUUGGCUCCAAAGACAGAUAACCAGGAUGGGAUCGGUCAGGAGUUCCUCCACCACUUACAGCAGCGGCGGAGGAUUCUUCUCCCGCAAUCGGCACAACAGCGUUUACAGCAGCCCCGAAGCCGGAGGUCUUCCCCAAGCGGCUAAUCCGAACCAAAAAAUGUCCCUGUACGACCGUAUCGUGGGCCGAAAGAGCGUUCGAAGUCAGCGUAUGGGACGUCAAGGAACCCUGACGAAAUUGAACUCGAUUCCAGUAUCCUUGAAGAAUCGUCCGCGCAUCCCUACGCCGGACGUUACGAAGGAGGUGGUGGACCGCGAGCAGCGUCUCGCUCUGUCCGCCAGUAACGCGGUGAACAUUGGAGCGGGUGUAGUCGGAGUGAUGCACCAAUUGCCGGCCAACGGUCAGUACCCGACGGACCUGCCUGUGGUCCAGGUGGUGCUCUCGCCGAUCCAGGAGACCGAGGGGAGUCCAACGGGAGGUAAGCCGGGCACCGCCGCCCUGGCUCAGGCGGUCCUAUCCCCGACGCUGACCAGCGCGGGCCUGGUGGCCCCCGUCACCUUGACCCCCGUCACGGUCAGUCAAUUGACGCAGCUCGGCUUCGUCACGACCACCUCGUCGCCCAUGCGGGGGGUCAAUUUGCAGCAGUCCAACGUACAGGCGACCCUGACCGAGGUGAACUCCAGCGAGGAAGAAUCGGGCAGCAGCAGAAGCGGCAGCGUCACCGGCCACGAGGACAGAUCCACGCCGUUGAUAGGCGGCGAGCGUCGAAGUCCUCCGACGAGUCACGGCAGCUCGCCGGUCUUCGACGGUUACUCGGAUCGUUCGCCGAUCCUCAUGAGUCCCGAAAAAUUGAGCGGCUACAUAGUGACGGGUCCCCUGCCCUCCGUGAACGUGGAGGCUCCUCGGGACGCCAGAGGACGACGCUCGGCGUCUCUGCCGGGUCCUCCGAUACCCCAGCCCCGCGAGGACAGGAGCAUGUCGUUGCCCCAUUCGCCUGGGAUGCAGCACCGCGACAACGUCAGGGGGCUUCACCUGCACUCGUACGCUUCGCAGGUGAGUCCGGUGGCGGCCGAUCGUUUGCUGCCGGUGCAACCGGAGGUGCGUCAUCGGGCCGGAAGUUUCAGCAGAGAACCGCCGAAACCGCCGCCCGAGUUGCCGAGGAAGACGAGCACCAGUUCGAACAACGGUAACGUCAACACGUCGAGUUCCGCGUCACCGUCAGAUUCCACCGCGACGACCGCGGUGCCCGGUAGUAAAAGAGGCGAAGUCUACGUCUGACCGGGUUUUAUUCUUUUACGAGUAAUAGGAAAAAUUAAUACUUGCAAUUAUUGUUGAAUUAGUUAACUGAUUGAUUAAUUUUCAAAUCGAUUCUGUUCUUCGUUCACUGAAUUAAAUUAUUAUUCACAGUUAUACGGUGAUGAUGAUAAUUGUUAUUAUUUUUGCAAAUGAGUCUAGCGAUAUAUAGGUACAUACAUAAAUUUUAAUAAGAUAUAUAAUUUUUUAUAAAAAAAACUGACGAAUUAUUAUUUUUUUUUUUUUUUUUUGUUUGUUUUCAUUUGUUAAUUAAUAAUCGCGUGUAAAUAAAUUUUUGUGACUAUCGACUCUGAACGCCUGUCUCUGAUAUCGGUGGUAUAUUAUGUGAUAUGGAUUUUAUAGCGAAUGACAAAUAAAAACAAAGUAAAAUAAAGUAGCCAUCUUACAGUAGGUAUCCAUACCUACGCGAUUCGAGCGUGCGUAACCGUGAUGAAAUACAUACAAAUAAUUGAUGACAUGAAAUUACUCUUUUAUUUUCAUCGUUGUCGUGAUUAUCGUUACUUUUUUCCAAUUACCGAGACGAUGAUUGAACGCCCGGAGUCUGGUUUACAGGUAUAAAUACACAAAAAGAAAAAGAAAAAUGCAAAAAAAAGUAAGGACAACGGACUUGAAAUCAAAUGCACAUAAUUGAGUCUAGAUGAAUAUAAUGCAUAUAUGAAUG